GAGGGAGGAGGCUCAUCUCUUCUCUUUCCUUCGUCGUUGUACAUAGUGCAUGUCUGCCUCCUUUAUUUUCUUUUUCUUUUUUUGCGUUCGUCCGAGCAGAAGAGCAAGAAAAAUGCACACACUUUGAUUUGCUCUGCUUAUUUUCCCAUCUGGUGGAGCCAUGGCGGCGCUUUUGUUUCUGCUGAUUCUCCACGCUCUUCCAUCUCUUGUUGUGCCCAUACAUAAUUCAUCAACUGGAGGAUGCGCCAUCAUCCGGCCUCCGAGGGAUGGAGGAAUCCGGUAUAGAGGCCUGACACAAGAGCAGAUCCGCAGUGUUCAGAUCCUGCCGGUGGAUUACGAGAUCGAGUACAUCUGCCGGGGCAACCGCGUCAUCGUCGGGCCCAAGGUCAGGAAGUGCUUGCCCGACGGCACGUGGACGGACAUGACGCAGCACAGCAGCUGUCUGUUGCUGUGUCCUCGCGUUUGGACGUCGCUGGAGAACGGGCAGGUGACGUCCAGACCCCCUGGCCCGCCGGCGGAAGGCACGGCGCUCCACUACCGAUGCCACGGCGGCUUCGUGCUGGAGGGCCGCAACGUCAGCCGCUGCACCAAGACGGGAAAGUGGGAUGCGCCCAAGCCCGUCUGCCUCUACGACAAGAACAACACAGGCAAGAAGAAACUGUACAUCGGCGCGCUGUUUCCCAUGAGCGGCGGCUGGCCCGGCGGCCAGGCGUGCAUGCCCUCCGCCCAGAUGGCGCUGGACCUGGUCAACAACCGCAGCGACAUCCUGCCCGACUACGAGCUGGAGCUCAUCCACUACGACAGCAUGUGCGACCCCGGCGAGUCCACUAAGCUGCUGUACGAUCUGCUGUACACGGAGCCCAUCAAGAUCGUUCUGAUGCCCGGCUGCAGCGGCGUCUCCACCAUCGUGGCCGAGGCAGCUCGCAUGUGGAACCUCAUUGUGCUGUCGUACGGCUCCAGCUCGCCGGCGCUGUCCAACCGCCAGCGCUUCCCCACCUUCUUCCGAACGCACCCGUCAGCGACACUGCACAACCCCACCCGGGUGCAGCUCUUCCAGAAGUGGAAAUGGACCCGCAUAGCCACCAUCCAGCAGACCACCGAAGUCUUCACCUCGACUCUGGACGACCUGGAGCAGCGCGUCAAGGAGGCCGGCAUCGAGAUCAGCGUUCGGCAGAGCUUCCUCACCGACCCGGCUGUGGCUGUCAAAAACCUCAAGCGUCAAGACGCCCGGAUCAUCGUGGGGCUGUUUUACGAGACCGAAGCCAGGAAAGUGUUUUGCGAGGUGUUCAAGGAGAAGCUUUAUGGAAAGAAGUACGUGUGGUUCCUGAUUGGCUGGUACGCCGACAACUGGUUUAAGAUCAAAGACCCGGCCAUCAACUGUACCGUGGACAACAUGACCGAAGCCGUGGAGGGGCACGUCACCACCGAGAUCGUCAUGCUCAAUCCCGAGACCGUCCGCGGCGUCUCCAACAUGACUUCACAGGAGUUUUUGGGCGCCUUGAUGUCCCGCCUGGGCGGCAUGAACCCAGAGGAGACGGGCGGCUUCCAGGAGGCCCCGCUGGCUUACGACGCGGUUUGGGCGUUGGCGUUAGCGCUCAACAAGACUGUAGCGCCGCUCAAGGCCAAAGGGCGGCGGCUGGAGGACUUCAACUACAACAACAAGGACAUCACGUCCGAGAUCUACCGCGCGCUCAACACCAGCUCAUUCGAGGGCGUUUCGGGCCAGGUGGUGUUUGAUGCCCAGGGUUCCAGGAUGGCCAUGACUCUCAUCGAACAGCUUCAAGGGGGCAGCUACAAGAAGAUCGGCUACUACGACAGCUCGCAGAAGAACUUGUCGUGGUUCGGCAACGACGUGUGGAUCGGGGCGGGGCCUCCAGCGGACCGUACGGUGGUGGAGGAGGAAUACCGCUUCCUGUCGCAGAAGCUGUUCGCCGCCGUGUCUGUCUUCGCCGGCCUGGGCAUCCUGCUGGGCAUCGUCUGUCUCACCUUUAACAUCUACAACGGCAACGUGCGGUACAUCCAGAACUCACAGCCAUACCUGAACAACAUGACGGCGGCGGGAUGCAUGAUGGCGCUGGCCGCCGUCUUCCCGCUCGGCAUCGACGGACAUCACGUGCACCGAUCGCAGUUCCCCGUCGUUUGCCAGUUUCGCCUGUGGCUGCUGGGUUUGGGCUUCAGUUUGGCGUACGGCAGCAUGUUCACCAAGAUUUGGUGGGUCCACACGCUCUUCACCAAGAAGGACGAAAAGAAGGAGAAGAAGAAGCAACAGCUGGAGCCGUGGAAGCUGUACGCCACGGUGGGGGUGCUGUUGGGCGUCGACUUCCUGUCUUUGGUCAUCUGGCAGAUCGUGGACCCGCUUCACAUCACUGUUGAGAAGUUCACCCGAGAAGCCCCCAAAGUGGAUUUGGAUGUCCUGAUCCAGCCUCUGCUGGAGCACUGCAGUUCCGAGAAGAUGAACACGUGGCUCGGUGUGGUUUACGGCUACAAGGGUCUCCUGUUACUGCUGGGCAUCUUCCUGGCCUACGAGACCAAGUCAGUGUCCACGGAGAAGAUCAACGACCACCGGGCGGUGGGCAUGGCCAUCUACAAUGUAGCGGUGCUUUGUCUGAUCACGGCGCCGGUCACCAUGAUCCUGUCGUCGCAGCAGGACGCCUCUUUCGCCUUCGCCGCCCUGGCCAUCGUCUUCUCCGCCUACAUCACACUGGUGGUGCUCUUUGUGCCAAAGAUGCGUCGCCUGAUCACGCGUGGCGAGUGGCAGUCCGAGCAGCAGGACACACUGAAGACGGGCUCGUCCACCAACAACAACGACGAGGAGAAGUCGCGGCAGCUGGAGAGAGAGAACCGCGAGCUGCAAAAGAUCAUCCAGGAGAAAGAGGAGCGCGUGUCUGCCCUGCGCAACCAGCUGGCCGAGCGGCAAGCCCUGCGUAGCCGCCGCCGCCCGUCGGCGGGCCAGAACCAGAACCACAACGCGGCCCAGCCGGACCCCAAGUCCCUGCUGCCCCCGCCCGGCUACCCCAGCGCCGACAACCACUCGCUGCCGCCGUCUUUCUCCAACUCAUCCAACUUGUACCCCGGCGAGAGCAAGAUGAGCCGCAACCACUGUCACAACAGCCAGAUUCCGCUACUCUACAAGUAGGGCGGAACCGAGGUGGACCACAAGGGCGGGGCUCGGGACCACCUCACACCAACACUGUCGCUAACGGGAGGGCAGGCAGCGAAUGGUCGCAUUUCGGGGUCGUCGACGGCAGUAGACGUCGGAUCCGUUUCCGAUAAACUACUUUUUAUUAUACAACAUGCUAUUAAUCGUAAUUAAUUCCAAGCGAUUAAUCACGAUUAAAUUGAUUCCAUAUAUAUAUAUUGACUGUACGUUAAGGGUGGGUAAAUAAACGCAGAGUUAACUCACAUUAAUUAACACGGUUGACUUUUUUUUACUGUGCGUUCUCAUUUUCACACUAAGAGUUGAUCGCUAAAGUUGACCAAAAAUGAAAAUUUACCUAGUGUUGCUUUAAAUACCCGGACGGAUUCGACGUUUAUCCCCGUCAAUGUUAGUCCCGUCAGAGUAAAUGUGUGAAUGUCAAUACUGUGUGUAUUUAUGUUGCAAAUGAGUGUGUUUGUGUGUCCUAUAUUCUCUUGUCCUGCUCACUUUUUUUGUCCAAUUGAAGCCAUUUCCAAGUGACGCCCCCCUGAAUAAAAUAUUACUGCCUUUUUGUGAUUGGCGGUCGGUCGCCAUGGCCACAGCAAGCACAUCUCAGACUCUGAGGCACAGGAGUCAAUCCCCUGUCUUUUUUGUGGAAACGUUACACAACCUUUUGUACUCUCUUACACACACACAUCGUUGUUGUCAUGUUUGACGAGGAAGGCGGUCCCCGUUUUGCACACGACCCCCCGCCCCGCCCAUAAACAUCCAAGACACUUUGGUCAGCUGUUAGCUGACGUUUAUCUGCAUGCGCUAACAACUUUUGGACUUGUGUACAUAAAUGAAGAACACAAGCACAAUUGAAUUAACAUGAGAACGGCAUGUGCUCUUCACACAAUAAUGACACAAUUUUAAAGCACUUUUUUAUGUUAUACGGCGAAAUUUUUGUGUUAUUUUAGUUUUUUUUACUUCAGUGUUUUCAUUUUGGUACGGUGACACAGUCACAUGAUAAGCACAGCUUUGAUGUUAAUGAUAAAUGUUUGUUUAAUUUAGUCAAAUGUCGUUAUUGCAAUCCAUGUUAGCUCAGGGUGCAGGAGUGGUUAUGAGAUUGAAAUAAAUAGGCCAUAUUUAUACAUAUUUAUGAAGAGCGGAGUUAGAUUAACGGUGUAUCAGAUACUGUAUGUCACGAAUGCAGAACUACGCUGUUAAAUCUUGCACAUGUACGCAGAUGUUUGUGGAAGAAGUCAUAUUUGUACUCAUUCUAUUGUAUAAGAUCAUAAAUGUUCAGAUAUUUCCAAAGUAUGUGUAUGCAAAUAUGUGAGUUCCAUUAAAAAGUUUUACUUUAACUGUAUCACCAGACUU